AUGCUCCUCGAGAUUGAGCUAUUGACCAGAGAUCCAGGAGCGAAUCCUGAUGUGUAUUUUGCUGGUACGAAUGAAACUGAGCUGUUGAAAUCUACUCACCUUUCAGUGUUGUCCAAGGUAAUGCAGAGCGUCCAUAUCAUCGAAAGCAAUCAUAAAAUUAUCAUGCACUAUUUGCACCACCUAAAGUCACUUAGCCUUGACCAUGCUCAGCGAGCACUGAAGCAGUACCUGGUGCUGCGGCUCACGACCGAAGAUGAACAUGAGCGGACCGAGGGUGCCAUCAUCACCCUUAUAUGGAUGUCAGUCCCUGAGGCGACCACAGGUGCAGUAGCGCCGUCCUUACCCGAGGACCUAGACGACAUUCAUAGUUCAUGGCAACGGGUACUUGGCACUGGGGCUGCCCAUGCUGCGAUCUUGCUCCUGUGGCGCCGCGUCGACAGUGGUCCAGAUCCGCCCGACGAGGUUGUGAUAUCCUUCUGUCAGAUCGCGCUGCACCCUCUCCUUCGACAAGCUGGAGAGCGGAAUAAGGCCAAACUGCAGAGAAAACUCAUAAGCUGCUAUAUCAGCGUCGGCAAUCUUCAGGGAGCACGACAAGCUUACUCAGAACUAUCAGAGCCUGCAAAAGCCAGUCCGCUAAGUAACUACCUCCACUAUAUAAUAGCAUUAAGGACGGCAGACGAGAGCGCUGCCGAUGAAGCAGUCGCAUCUCUUGUCAACAGUCCGGGACACGAGCGACAGCUUCUAUUAGCUUGUGUUGGCGAGACCAUGAAACACGGAAGCAAGCGGAGGGGAGCAACACUGCUUCAACGUGUACUUGACAAGUACAGCUACGACCUUCCCUCCGAGUUAGACACCUGCGCCGUUCUCAGGUGCACUGCGCAGCUGCACCUGUCUGUUUUGGACGAAAGCUCCAGCGAAGACUUCGUGACAUUGUCGAUGCUAUCCAGCAUAUUUCGAGUCGCAGCAGCCUAUUCUGCCAAGUGCAACGGUAACGAAUCCGGCGAUGGCUCCUCGGCAUGUCCCCUGCGGGAGUGUGAGUGGUUCGAAAAGACCAGCUUCAAUAAAGCUUUGCAGCACGCUGGAGAGUGGCCUUCAUCGAUAGUCAUCGACCUGCUUGCCCACUCAAUAGCGGUCACCUAUCCACCACAUGCAAUCCGAGAGGAGAAGAGCCAGAAGAUAGUGCAUCAGGCUAAUAGCUUGUUCUUGCAAGCAAUCCUGUUCACCACCAAGGCUAGGGACUGGAAGUCUUUGAACACAAUCGAAGACAUUCCUAGGACGUCCUACAGUGCUCGUAAUCCGCCUGAAACUGGACGCCUGCAAUGUCAUCUCUACCAGAACUCGAUCGAGAGGUACUGUCGCCUCAAAGCUCUUCUUUUUGACCAUAUCGAUCUUCUGAGCGCCUUCGAAAACGCCGAGGAAGACAUCACCUCCAAGACUGCCACGCUCCUACCGCUGGCCUUCGAAGCGCACCUCUUCAUCACCCUCACCGACGCUCUCUCCGGGCUCCCCUGCAGCGAAAUCUCUGUCGCGCAACUCAUCGACGACGUCCCCCGCCUUACCUCGUCCUCCAAGCCCUACGCCCUGCUCGCCGACCUCGUCCUCUCCUCUGCCAUGGACCACAGCACCAAAGACCCAGACCCCAGCAUGAUCCGAAUGCCAGCCAGACUCCCGCUCAAAAACGCCAUCAACCUCCUCGCCAAGCUCGUCACCACCAUGCGCGGCCAGCCAGACUACGACAUCGACAAAGCCGCGCGCUGGAUCCGCUGCAUCGUGCAGAUGGUCUUGGACUCGUACAACUCCAACUCCGACGCCACCAAUAGCGACGAUGGCGCCCCCCUCGCCCUAAUUGAGCCCAUCGUUACGGAAGCCGCGCAGAUCGCACGCUCCGCGGCCCACGCGGCCGCGGCGGCGAGACACGCAGGCCCGCUGCAGAACAACAGUACUGAGGUUUCCGAAGAUGAAGAUAUCGGCCCACAGCUCUACCCUUCAGACGAGCUGCAGUGGCUGAGCACGGUGCUGUUCAACUUGGCGGUCGACCUGUAUGUGGCAGACCAGGGCGACGAGGCACAGAAGUGGGCGAGGCACGCGGUGGCGGCCGCGGAUGUGCUGGCGCUGAUGGACACGGACGAUGGGGGAGACGCUGGGGUGUUGUUGAGGGUACUGAAGGAGCGGGGUGCUAGGGUCGGAUGGAGCUUGUGA